AUGCCAAAAGACUUCAAGGUAUCCCCUUUGGACAAAUAUGAUGGAUCAUUCGAUCUGAAUGACCAUGUAGAUUCUUUUCAGUCACAGAUGCACUUAGCCGGAGUAGAUGCUGAUGUUAAUUUUGAAUUAAAAUCUGGAUUGAUACAUCUCUUACCCAUUUUUCAAGGUCUUGUAGGUGAGGAUCCUCACAAGCACUUGAAGGAGCUGCAUGUGGUAUGCACAAGCAUGAAACCCAUGGGGGUAACUGAAGAGCAAAUCAAAUUGAGAGCCUUCCCAUUUUCUCUGAAGGAUUCGGCUAAGGAUUGGCUCUAUUAUCUACCUUAUGGGAGUGUUACCACAUGGAACGAGAUGAAGAGGCUCUUCCUAGAAAAGUACUUCCCAGCUUCAAGGGUGGCCAAUAUCAGAAAAGAAAUCUAUAGAAUAAGGCAAUACAAUGGGGAGUUCCUACAUGAAUACUGGGAACGCUUUAAGAAGUUAUGUACAAGCUGUCCCCAUCAUCAAAUCAGCGAACAACUACUUAUUCAAUAUUUUUAUGAGGGACAUCAACCUAUUGAUAGGAGCAUGAUCGAUGCUGCUAGUGGAGGGGCUUUAGUGGAUAAAACCCCCGAGGCCGCGAGAAAUCUGAUUGCUAAUAUUGCGGCCAACUCUCAACAGUUCAGCUAUUGGCUCAACCUUCUAGCAAAGCAUGCUAAUGAUCAAGAGACACGGGCCAGUAUCCAACGUUUGGACAAUCAGAUGGGCCAAAUGGCGACGGCAAUUAGUUGGUUAGAGGCACAAAGUUUGGGGAAAUUACCCUCUCAAACGGUUGUGAAUCCAAAAGAAAAUGUAAGUGCAAUCGUUUUGAGAAGUGGUAAAGAGGUUGAGACACCAGCAAGGACAGAGCCCGCAGUGUCGAAUCAAGGAAAGGAGAAAGACAUUGUUCCCAAUGAUGAUGAAGUACCUAAGCGUAAGUUUCCUCCUCUUUCUGCUUAUAAACCGGUACCUCCUUUUCCUAAUGCUUUAGUAGGAACGAGGAAAGAUGAGCAGUUCAAUGAAUUUUAUGAAACUUUCCGUAGAUGCGAGACAAAUACCCCCCUUUUUAAUGCUCUUAAACAAGUACCUCAUUAUGCUAAAUUCCUGAAAGAACUAUGUACACAUAAGAAGAAACAAAAACUGAAAGGAUGUGAAAAGGUGAGAGUAGGGGAGAAUGUUUCUGCAGUCAUUAAAAAACUCCCCACAAAGUGCGAAGAUCCAGGUAUGUUCACUAUCCCCUGCAUGAUAGGUAACACUAGAAUUGAGAAGGCCAUGUUAGACUUAGGAGCUUCUAUUAAUGUCAUGCCAUAUUCUAUAUAUGCUUCUUUGAAACUUGGACCUUUGAGUAAGACUGGUGUAGUGAUUCAAUUGGCUGAUAGAUCUAAUGCCUAUCCUAAGGGUGUAGUUAAGGAUGUUCUUGUGAAAGUAAAUGAUUUGGUUUUUCCUGCUGAUUUUUAUGUGCUUGAUAUGGAUAAUGGUGAUCAAACCACUCCUAUUUUGAUAGGAAGACCAUUCUUAAAAGCAUCCAAAACUAAGAAAGAUGUUUAUAGUGGCACACUCACCAUGGAAUUUGAUGGUAAGAUUGUUAAGUUUAAUAUUUAUAAUGCCAUGAAAUAUCCUACUAAUGAUAAUUCUGUUCAUUCUGUUGAUAUGAUUGAUUCUUUAGCACAGGAAGCUUUUAAACUUGAUGGGAAGGAUGGGUUGGAGAUUGCCAUUAGUAAGCAUCUUGAGAAAAAGGGGCCAAUGUUGAAUGCUGAUUUGAAGGAAACGAUUGCAACAUUGAAUGAUUCUCUAGAGUUACAACAGUCAGGUAAUGCUCCUUAUAUUAUGUUGUCGAUUUCUAAUGGGAGACCGUUACCCUCUGUUUUGCAGGCCACGAUUCCAGAGUUAAACCCACCCAUGGUGGAUGAAAGGGGAGAACACCGGAAGAUGCAACCACGAGAGUUAGAGGAUCCGAUUUAUGAUUAUCAAAAAUAG